AUGGGAAAUGAUACCACAGACUUCAUCGACUGGACAGCAACAACAGAAUUCGACUAUGGUGAUUCAACACCUUGCUCUGGAACUGAGGAAAAGCACUUUGCAGCAAAACUUUUGCCACCACUUUAUUCUUUGGUGGUGAUAUUUGGCCUGACAGGCAACAUGCUUGUUGUCCUUAUCCUGGUAAAAUACAAGAAAUUGAAGGGUAUGACUGACAUCUACCUGCUCAACUUGGCCAUUUCUGAUUUGCUCUUUGUGUUUUCUCUCCCUUUUUGGGCUUAUUACGCCGCUACUCACAACUGGAUUUUUGGGGAGGCACUGUGUCGAAUUCUCUCAGGUGUUUACCUCCUUGGCUUCUACAGUGGCAUCUUUUUCAUAAUCCUAUUGACCCUAGACAGGUACUUGGCCAUAGUGCACGCAGUGUUUGCUCUGACAGCCAGGACAGUUACCUAUGGCAUCCUCACCAGUGCUGUCACUUGGGCUGUUGCUGUUUUUGCUUCUGUUCCUGGGGUAGUAUUUCACAAAACUCAGAAGGAAAAUUCACUUUGUACUUGCAGUUCUCAUUAUCCAAGUGAUGCUGCAUUAAAUUGGAAGUACUCCUAUACUUUAAAGAUUAACAUUUUGGGACUUAUUAUUCCAAUGCUCAUUAUGAUUUUCAGUUACUCUCAAAUUCUAAAAACAUUAUUGAGAUGCAAGAAUGAGAAAAAAAAGAAGGCAGUCAGACUUAUUUUUGUGAUCAUGAUAUUUUACUUCAUCUUCUGGACACCAUUCCAUAUCUCUUCUUUUUUGUAUACAUUUCAAAAUUCACUUUUCACGCCAAAUUGUGAACUUAAAGGUCAACUAGAGAAAGCAAUCCAAGUGACGGAGUCAGUCUCAAUGAUCCACUGUUGUAUCAAUCCUGUUAUCUAUGCAUUUGUUGGAGAAAAAUUUAGGCAAUAUCUUUAUGCCUUUUUCCGAAAGAAUGUUGCAGCCCUCCUUUGCAAAAAAUGUCCAAGUCUGUAUCAUGAAAAAUUAGAAAGAGUCAAUUCCACAAUCACACCAUCCACUGCAGAGCAUGACAUCUCAACUGGACUGUAA